AUGGAGCCCACCAAAGUCCAGUCCGAGGGUGGCCUCAAUGUCACCCUCACCAUCCGCCUCCUCAUGCAUGGAAAGGAGGUGGGAAGUAUAAUAGGAAAGAAAGGGGAAACAGUGAAAAAGAUGCGAGAGGAGAGCGGAGCACGGAUCAAUAUUUCCGAGGGAAACUGUCCAGAGAGGAUUGUGACCAUCACUGGACCAACAGACACCAUCUUCAAGGCUUUUGCCAUGAUUGCCUACAAAUUUGAGGAGGACAUAAUCAAUUCCAUGAGCAACAGCCCAGCAACCAGCAAGCCCCCCGUCACCUUGAGGCUCGUUGUGCCAGCCAGCCAGUGUGGCUCCCUCAUAGGGAAAGGAGGCUCCAAGAUAAAAGAAAUGAGAGAGUCCACAGGAGCCCAGGUCCAGGUGGCAGGGGACAUGCUGCCCAACUCCACAGAACGUGCUGUGACAAUCUCCGGGACCCCAGAAGCCAUCAUCCAGUGUGUCAAACAAAUCUGUGUGGUGAUGCUGGAGUCCCCACCAAAAGGUGCCACCAUCCCGUAUCGCCCAAAGCCGGCCUCCACCCCAGUCAUUUUUUCGGGUGGUCAGGCCUACACAAUUCAGGGACAGUACGCCAUACCACACCCAGAUCAGUUGACCAAGCUCCACCAGUUGGCUAUGCAGCAAACCCCCUUUACCCCUCUCGGACAGACCACCCCUGCUUUCCCUGGUUUGGAUGCCAAUCCACCGGCAAGCACCCAUGAACUCACCAUUCCUAAUGAUCUAAUAGGCUGCAUUAUUGGACGCCAGGGAACCAAAAUAAAUGAGAUUCGACAGAUGUCCGGGGCGCAGAUCAAAAUUGCAAACGCCAUGGAGGGCUCAUCCGAGCGUCAGAUCAGCAUCACAGGGACUCCGGCUAACAUUAGCCUGGCUCAGUAUCUCAUCAAUGCAAGGCUGACGUCUGAAGUCACUGGAAUGGGCACACUCUAA